CACAUCCGAUCGUGAAGUUUCUGUGUGUCUAACAUAUCCGUCCACUCGUUCAAGGAUACAUAUGAACACUGUCCGUUGACGUUCGCGACAGUAUUCUUGGAGGACAAAAUUUAUAUCAUAGGCAUUGACAGAGAGUCCUAUCUCAUGCAACAAGAUUGCUACUCUCGAAACACCUGAUCGCGAACCAGGUCUCGUCUUACUACCUGAGAACCUUGCCGACUCUUCUCCGACGACAUGGUCAAGUUGAAUAACAUCUUCACUUGGCGCAAUGGCGAGCAUCAGCACGAUGAGGCCUCGCUCUUGCUACCACGGCAUCAUCGUGAACGUGAGAUAGUCUCUGCGAUCCCCGCCAAGGAUGUAACUUUGACCGCCAUCCGACUCAAGUAUCAGCUCGAAGCGGUUAUUCCUUGUGAGCUCCCUGAGGAGCGCAUCGUGAAACCUCACAGCGACAUCAUCACGCCCGCUGUGAUCAAAACAGCAAAAUCAGCGGGGAAAGUUACCGGCUCCUCCGAUGACCACGGCGCAUGUGUCGUUUACUGCCUGCUUAUUGUCAAGCACUGGUUCAAGAUUCAGGCGCAAAAGGAACUAUGGGACGCUGACCUCCAUGAGUUGCGCGCUGUUGCGUGCGAAAUGCUCGCUAAGCACAUCAUCGAGGACGAGGACGACACCGAGUAUCUCAUGCGGGAAUUGCUUCUGAAACGCUAUAGCAUCCUCGUCGACGGUCAGCCGACGAAGCCGGCCAAUGCGAUAGAAAAGGCCGUCGAUCUGCAUGCAGUCCGCGUGAUUGGCAGCUCGGGUUAUCAAAAGUGUAUUGCGCACCUCUGGCGGGGAUGGCUUGUCCAGAGCGAAGAUGAUCCGAGUCGGUUCGUCGACUACAAAUCGAAGACCGAUACGCGAUACUGGACGCAUUUUGAUCCUGACCGUAUGAGGGUCCCACAGUAUCAAAACGCCGUUCAGGUGCUCAUAUCGAUCGCAUACCUUGCUCUGUACACGGGCGCUAUUAACACCAUCAAUCCGACAGGAGACUUGGACGUGAUUGAAGGUCUUCUCUACAUCUUCACCUUGGGAUACAUCUGCGACGAGGCCAUCAAGUUCUUCAAGAUCGGUCGGUUUUACUUUGGCUUUUGGAACAUUUUCAACAGCACUCUCUACGCCAUGCUUUCUGUCUCAUUCGUCACUCGCAUGAUUGCUCUUGCGCACGAUAUCGACUCUGAAACCCGCCAUAAAUACAACGAACUAAGCUACAACUUUCUCGCCGUUGGUGCGCCCAUGUUCUGGGCCCGACUGUUGCUCUAUCUGGAUGGUUACCGCUUCUUCGGCGCCAUGCUGGUCGUUCUCAAAGUCAUGAUGAAAGAAUCUCUCAUCUUCUUCGCGCUGCUGUUCGUGGUCCUGGUCGGAUUCUUCCAAGCCUUCAUCGGUCUCGAUCAAGUCGACGAAAACGUCGAUGCCACCUCCUUCAUCAUCUCUCAGAUGAUCAAUGCCAUCAUGGGCAGUCCUGAAUUUGGUGACGACUGGGACCGCUUCGCCCCGCCCUUUGGAAUCAUUCUCUACUACAUCUACAACUUUGUGAUCAUCGUCAUUCUCCUCAACGUGUUGGUCGCCUUGUACAACUCUGCUUACGAGGACAUCACUGAUAACGCCAUUGACGAAUACCUUGCGCUCUUCGCCGCCAAGACGAUGCAAUUCGUCCGGGCUCCUGACGAGAAUGUCUUCAUCCCGCCAUUCAAUCUCAUUGAGAUCUUCGGCCUCGUCCUCCCGUUUGAAUGGUGGAUGUCUCGUGCGCGAUACGAACUUCUCAACGACCUCGUCAUGGGAGUCAUCUACAGUCCACUUCUACUCGUGACAGCAUACUUGGAAGUCCGCACCGCGCGCAAGGUCAAGUUCAACCGCAAGCGAAAGGAGGCGGAUGACGACGUGAUUGAGGUCUGGGAGCAGCUGGCGGACGAUCUGGACGUGGAAGGUUCUGGCUGGGGCAAGCGGGUCGAGGGCACUUCGCCGAAUGUCGUCGGUGAUGCCGCGUUAGUGGAGUUAAAGGCUUUGAGAGAUGAAAUGAAGCAGUUGAAAGAAAUGAUCAAGUCAGGGUUGCCGCAGGGCACUGCUGUGGAGGAAGCGGGGGCUGCUUCUUCGUCAUCAGCGUCGAAGAAGCAAAAGAAGCAGCAGUUGAAGGAGGGUGAUACAACAGAGGGUGACGACACGAAGGAUGCUGCCAGCGCUUCGUAGGCCAUUAUCAUCACGUUUACUCGUCUUUGUCUCCACAUCCGCUAUUCUAGAACCUAUUCAAUGAACCUACAUAAAACAUUGAUUAUUGACUCGAUACACAAAUGCCUAUCUAUGCUUGAAUGAAUGUUUGUCCCAAAUCUCGCGAGAU